UUAACACAUCGCCGUGAUCUAUGGCGAUGGGACAGGAAGAGCAACGAACGAUUCAUCCUUUUUUUCAAAGAGGUCAUUUCACUCCCCCAUCGCUGCAUUCCAAUAUACUCAUGCACAAUAGACCUAGGAGUACCAACCAACACCAUCCCUCAGAGCAUCCCAGGAGACGGUUUACUCCCUUCAUAUGACCUCCUGCACAAUGGCAGCCCAUUGUCCCUAAAUAAACGAUCAACAAGCGAAUAUAUCUCACCCUACCCCGUACUUUAUGAAUUACCUUCCCCGGAACACAGACCCGUCGCGAUGCUCGAGCAUGAUCCCAAUGCAUCCCGCAGGAAAAGACGCAAGACUGAUAAGUCCAACGAUGUCAGUCACUCGGAGGGUUCCAUAGUCAACUACAUCACGGCCAAAAGCCCCCCGUCAACUUCCAACGGUGAAAGCACUCCGGUCGAUGGUAUACCUACACCCGCUGAAGAUGAUGGCCCUAAUGUGACUGAAACUGGAGCUAGCGCUCUCCCUUCAACUCCUUCGCCUGAAGUCGCGGGUCCUCAAGAUAGCUCCCAUGCAACGGAUGAUUCUGCGCCUUAUAAGGCGACUCCUAGGAGGUCUCCACGACAGAAAACCAUCAGAUUGAACCCCAACGGAAAGCUUUUGGGCUCGCCUGUCGCGGAUAAGUCGGACAAGUCCACGAAGAAGAAGGAUAAGGGGCGCGGCAAAUCAGAGCCUCGAAAAGAUGGGGGCAACAAGCAUAAGGUGGUGAUCAUCAAAUAUUCCAACAUAAAUGCUAUGGAGAGCUUGGGGAAACGCAUUGACGACAUCAUUAGUGGCCGGACGAAAUACGGCCCUCCCGUUAAACGUCAGCCACCUGUUCGUCCUGCAGCUAAAGACGAACCAGCAAAACCAACUCAUCCAUUCUUUUUAAAGAAAGCGACACGCAAAUCAGAUGCCUUGCAACCCCAGGUUAGUAACAAAAGUUCUACAGCGGCCGACAAAAGGGAGGAAGGAGUCAUGAAGGCCCCACUGCCGUCUCAGAAGUCUUCAACACCAAGUUUAGGAGUCAUUAAGACUACCACAAACACUCCCUUUACACAGCGAGCUUCUAAGUUUCCAGAACCUAUGCAGCCCGUAUGGCCCCCACGAGAUUUUGUCCAUAUCCGUGGAAGUCAAGCAGGACAACCUAAUUUGCAAUAUUCACCAAAUAUGGAUAGAAAGAAGUCCAAGGUGGCUGCUAUUAGCAUUCAAGACAAAGAGAGCGUGCUGUCGCUGGAGAUGCAAGGAUUUUGCCAGGAGUCCGCCAAAAUCUUACGGAUACCUGAGAGGCAUGUCGCUAGCGGGAACAUCCUACAAAAAGCAAUAGCCGGACAGUUAUCCCAGUCUACCUUAUCGAAUCCGGAUAGCUACGCUCUCCGUGACACAUGUCAUCCGGCUAUUGCCAAACUAUACACCUGUAUACCAAAUUCGAUGACUGCAUUUGACCGUGGGGAGUGCGACAAUUAUCUCUGGACACAAAAGUAUGCACCAACCUCAGCUGGGCAAGUGCUCCAGACAACCAGGGAAGCUUCCAUGCUGCGGGAUUGGCUGAGAUUCCUUAUGGUGUCUGCUGUCGAUACAGGUAAAGCCUCCAAAGAUGGAGAGGCCAAACGAAGCUUAGACAAAAAGAAACGAAAGAAGCGCAAGAAAACGGAAAAUCUAGAUGGAUUCAUUGUUUCCAGUGCAGACGAGGCAUCUGAACUGGGCGAAGUCGAUGAAUCAGAGGAUGAGCUAGCGGGUGGUGUAACAGUCUCGUCCAAGAGAACACUUAUCCGGUCUGGUGAUCUAACUCUAGAAAAGGGGCGCGUGUCUAAUGCAAUACUUCUAAGUGGCCCUUCUGGAUCUGGAAAGACUGCAUCCAUUUACGCGGCCGCAAAGGAGCUUGAUUUUGAGGUAUUCGAGAUCAAUCCGGGUAGCCGCCGCAGUGCCAGGGACAUUUUGGACCGCGUUGGUGAUAUGACUCGAAAUCACCUUGUGCAUAAUGUGAAUGGUAACGACGAGAAACCCAGCCGCGAAUCCUCCGAUAUUGGCUCUCCGAAAGACGAAGCCUACGAUUCCAAACAGAAUAAACUGAUGGGCUUCUUCAAGUCCACGGCUGGCGGUGCUAGCAAGGAUAAAAAAUCUAAAAGACAAGAGACGGAAAACCAACCAGACCAGAAAUGUGCCCGGAGUCAGAAACAAUCUUUCAUUCUUCUGGAGGAAGCGGACCUUCUCUUUGAGGAAGACAAGCAGUUUUGGCCAGGAGUAUUGGCGCUAAUCAAUCAAUCAAAACGUCCUAUCAUCAUAACUUGUAAUGAUGAGAGUCGUAUCCCACUAGGGGAUAUAUCUUUUCACGCCAUUCUCAGAUACCGUUCCCCACCUCGGCACCUUGUCGUUGAUUAUUGUCUUCUACUAGCUGCGAAUGAAGGUCAUAUGCUUAAACGCGAGGCUAUCGACGACCUUUACAUUAGCACUGGCGGGGAUCUACGUCGAACAAUCACUGAACUGAACUUCUGGUGUCAAAUGGCUAUCGGUAGUGAAAAGUCUGGUCUUGAUUGGAUGGUUGACAGAUGGCCCCGUGGUUCCGAUGUGGACGAGGACGGUUUUCCGCUCCGAGUGAUCAGCAUGAACUCGUACGAACCGUUCAUGGGCUGGUUUAGCCGUGACAUGCUGUUGAUUAAAGGCUUAGACAGUGAGGUCGAAUCACAACAAGAAGCCUUCUCUUGGUGGGAUCUCAGUCUACAGGAUGCGGAAAGAAUGCCAGAUACGGAUUUGGCGCAUGCUGCACCGGCUGCGUCAAACAAAGAACGACUUGACAGACUACAAUAUCAGUCCAACCUCAUGGAUAUGAGAAGUGCUCUUGACGUCCUAAGCCUUGGUUGUUCACCUGAUCUCAGAUUGGAUGCUGUUGAUACUUCUAUCCCUCCGAUGCCGGAGAAGCAAAAGGCGAACUAUGUUGACGGUUAUCCCUUAUUGCACGCCGAUGUCGUACACGAUCACUCGGCAUUGUCUACAAGCAUCGGGAGUACAUUUGAGGUUUUAUUAAACAGGGUUUUCCGGCCAUGUCACGAAACCAACAUCGAAUCAUUACAAGCGGAGAAAGUACUAAAAAACGUCACCAAACCAAAAUUCACAAAUUCCCAGCAGGCCGAAUUUACUAGAGCCUUUGAGCCAGUCAUGAGAGCCAAUUAUGUAUUCCCUCUACCAACAGGACGGCUGAGUCCAUCGUUCGAAAACGGGAUACGACCUAUCAGUGAAGACCUUGGUCCGUACGUGCGUGCGAUUAUCGCCUUUGAUCUUCGCCUCGAGCAGUAUCGGAUGCAACUCAGCGGAUUGCACUCUCAGAAUGGGCAGGGUUCGAAGAGGGCGCGAACAACAAGGGCGAGUCGAGCGGCACUUGAGGGUGGCAGCAAAGCCGAAACACGAAAGGAGCGAUGGUUUCCUCCUGAUGUGAAUCCUACGCUUAUUCUCGCCACGGGUGGGCAAGAUUGGCAGGAUCUAUUAGUACAGAAUGGCUAUUUUGUGGUUACGUGCGCGGAACCUGACAGAGAAUGCAAUGACCAUGCAGCAACAGAGAGUUCCAGCGAGGGGGGGUUUUGAUGUAUAGAUACCCAAUGGAAUUGGUCCGUUAUAGAAAUUACGAUAUGAGAAAUGUAUUUAUAAAGCCGCGGAUAUAUGA